AGUCUUACAAAGUGACCAGACAACUCUACUCACCAAACUGUUUAGACCUGACAGCAAACUUUUGGGUUGAAGGUUUUUCAAGUAUUAUGACAAGAGAAGACCCCUAUAGAGAAGAAUUUAGUUAUGACAGGAUGCCGACCCUGGAGCGGGGAAGACAGGAAGCUGUGCAUUAUGCUCCAGAUAUAAAAUCCAGUGACCUUCAGCUAGCCAAAAGAUUCCAUCCUUGCUUCAGUUACCGAACAUGGAUCUUCUCUUUGUUGGUGGGGAGUUGCCUUCUUGUCACUUCUGGCUUUUCACUUUACCUGGGAAAUGUUUUCCCUUCUGAAAUGGAUUAUUUACGCUGUGCAGCAGGUUCAUGCAUUCCUUCAGCAAUUGUGAGUUUUGCUAUAGCACGAAACAAGGUAAAUGCGAUCCCAAACUUUCAGAUUUUGUUUGUUUCGACAUUUGCCAUCACAACAACAUGUUUAGUUUGGUUUGGAUGUAAACUUGUCCUGAAUCCAUCAGCAAUAAAUAUAAAUUUCAAUUUGAUUCUACUAAUUCUAUUAGAAAUCUUGAUGGCAAUUACAGUGAUUAUUUCUGCAAGAUCUAAUGAAGAAUGUUGUAAGAGAAAGAAGAAUGCCAUAUGUGAUAGUUCUAACAUUUCGAACAGCGUAACCUUUCCUGCUCGAGUCCUGAAAUCCUAUUCAGUUAUUGAAAUAAUUGUUGGAAUUUCUGCAGUGUUUGGUGGUAUAAUUGCUUUGAACAUGGAUGUAUUAGUUUCAGGUCCAUACCUUUCAGUGACAUUCUUUUGGAUUUUGGUGGCAUGUUUUCCAAGUGCCAUCGCGAGCCAUGUAGCAGCUGAAUAUCCAAGUCAGUGCUUGGUCGAAGUUCUGAUCGCCAUAUGCAGCAUCACUUCUCCAUUAUUGUUCACGGCUUCUGGAUAUUUAUCUUUCAGCAUAAUGAGAAUUGUUGCCAUCUUUAAAGAUUAUCCACCAGCAAUCAAACAAUCUUAUGAUGUCCUUCUGUUGCUCCUAAUGCUGCUGCUGCUGAUCCAAGCUUUCCUUACCAUUGGCACUGUCAUACAAUGUGUUAAUUAUAAAAUUAAAAUGAAAUUGCAAGACUCAUCUUGGGGGGCCUCCCCAAUUAAUAAGCAAGAUUACCAAACCGUGGAGGUAUCCAAUAACACAUUGAAGGAAUUCGACAAAGACAAAGCCUGGAAAGCGGUUGUGGUACAGAUGGCGCAGUGACCUGAACGGUGUGGAGGGGGUGGCCGGCUGGCGGCUUCCCUGAUGUCCCAGUCGUUUUAGAUUUUGUCAUUCUCAGCAGUGUUUGGACCACCCCUCGCUACCUGUCUAAUAUACUGUGUUCAUCUUUGUACUUACUCGACCCAUGUACAGCAAGGCUCGCCAUGCCCAGGAUGAGAUGGGAUGGUGAGGGUAGCAGAUAUGUAGUGUGGUUAUAUUGUGGCAGUUUGGUCUGGAAUAAGGCACACAUUUGAUCGUUUGGUUGCUUUGUAAUGUUAGAUGAUUCAUUCUUCUCAGUUGUCUUGAAAAUAUGGUUAUUAGAACCUGAGAGUUGUGUCACUGGAUCAGACCCAUUGUUAAUUCAACACAGCGUUCUAUUUCAUAGUUACCAUGGAAUAUGUUGAGGAAGGUCGCUGUUGUCUUUCUCAAUGGGUUUUGGGAUACGAGGAUGUGCCCCAAAUGUAAUCAGUUUUCCUUUGUAUUCUAUUAUGAGUCCAUCAUCCAUGAAUUUAUCCAAACCCUCUAAAAACCAGCCCUUUGUAGCACCUCUUCAAAUGGUGACGUUCAGUAACUGUGCUGCGCUCUCUGUAAGGUAGGACUUCAUUCUGUUGGUUUUCAAGCUUCAGAGUGUAUGUACCCUUCUAGUCUCAGUUCCAGUCUGCCGAGAUUUGGGGAGGAAGUCUGCUUUCAUCGAGGCUCAUAAUGUAAUAGAUUUUAGUCAUUUUCCCUCUGAGUGCUUAGUUCAACAGACUGAAGAGUCACAGUCUUUUGAGUCCUCAUUCCUUGGAUCAUUGUCAUUCUCCCCCCCCCCUCUCCUUCUCCUUCUCCCUCUCUCUCUCUCCCCAUCUCCCUCCCUUCCUGUCUCCCCCACUCCCUCCUGUAACAACAUUGCUACUUCCUGCUACAGUGGCUGUGUAAGACUGUGACAACACCAGCACACAUGAGGGCUGCUAGCACAGGUUCUUUGAUUUGCUUUUCUAAGGAAAGCAGAUUUAAGGGGUUAACAAUAUUACUUUAAUUAAACAUACAUAUACCAUUCACUUGGUUCAGGGAGAAGCCAGCACCCUGAACUUCAGAGAGUAUACAAAUAGAAAUUACAAGCAUACAUUAUAUAAACAGAGCAAAUAAACACAAACCAGUAGACAGGCUUCUAACCGUCUAACUAGCAAUACAUACAGUUACCAGGGAGAGAAGUAUCAACAUCUGGGUUUUCAAAGCUGGGGGGCUCUGUGACCGCUACCCAGAGUCUCGUCUGGUCAGAUCACAAGAUACUCUUCUAGUCAGUGAGAGCCCCAAACAAAAUGCUAACCUCAGAGUACAUAUACCCUUUUUCAGGGUUAGAGGGCAUCACAACUAUUGGGCUCUACUCAAACCCAUGUGACCUAGGCCUUCCUGUGACUUAAGCAGGUCAUCUGAGAUUCCCAAUUCGAUCAAAGACUCUUGAAACAAAGGCAAGACUCACGAAAGGCUCUUGUUUGCCUUAGCAUUCCAAAAGAAAAAAUAGUAAGCAAAGUCCCACCUUGAUUGCCAUUACCCUCCCUCAUCCCUAGAACCACUGGUAGCAUUCCAGACGUGGAUACCGCGUAAUUGGGCACAAAGGGUGAUGAACAUUUCCUGUUUUGUCUCCAGUCUUCUUCUUGGGCCCAGGUCUAUGAGGACCAGUCCCUGAUGUCGGUCUUACUCUUGGGCAUCGCAGCUCAGAGCCCAUCUCACACAUAUAGUCUACGUUAUUUUUUUCCCACAUUGGAGCCCAUAUACUAUCUUCCUGGUACUCACGAACAGAUUUGCAAGCUGUCGUUAUAGUUUAUCCCUUUCAGCUUGGUAUAUAUCAUUAUCCAGAAGAAUCCCGCUGAGUUGGUGAUCUUGCUAGGCAUUUCUUUUGGCUCCAGUCUGUGGUCCUAACCCCCAUUGGUGAGAAGCUUCAUCAAGCAGAGAGUUCCUUGCAGGGAUUGGCCACUUUAUAAUGACCCUUUGUUUCUUGAGUUUAAGCCAAUUCCCUGUGAUAAAAAAGUAUCCCCGUGUCCUCAUGAUUUAUUUUUUUUUUUGGCAGACAGACAGCAUUUGGUCUGGAAUCUUGUCACAAUCUUUUGGAAAGUCCAAAAAAAUUCUAUUAGUGGAGCCCCCUUUAUCCUCAAUGAAUAAUAGAUUUAUCAGGCAGAGUUUCCCCUUACUAUGUUUGCUUUUUCCCACUAGAUCUCAUUUAGGUUAAGCCUUCCAUAGUCAAUCUUAACCAUAGACCUUCCUGCCUUGUCUGGGAUGCAGAAGUUUAAAGACCCUCAUGACCUUUCUGAAGGCCUUCUUAAGCUUAAGGCUGGUGAUCGCCUGGACAGUCCUGCAAAUACGUUGCUCUUUCAUAUUGAUAGCACCAUGUUGCUGUCCUUCAGUCCUUUCCCAGCCCAGCAGGUGAUGCUCCCUCAGCUAGUCUCGUUUCUUCCUUCCGAUCCUUUCCUUUGGGCGGUUCACCAACUUGAAGGAAAAAUGGAGGUUAUUGUAUCUGCUUUUUGCCAUCUGGCAGGAUAUUGGCCAGGCUGGAAAAAUAAUGCCACUGAGGCCCUCCGCAGUAGUGGGGAAUCAGGCUUGGUCACAGUUUUCUUCUUGCGCUUAUGUACUUCAUUUGGUGCUGAGAUUUGCACAGUGUGGGCCGGAUGAUUUGUAAUCAGUCACAUUUGCAGGGCUUAAGCUACCAAGAACUGCACUUGGACUUUUGGGACACUUGUGGAUGAGUUCUCCAGAUUGGCAUCUCCAGGUCCAGGAAUUGAGGCUGUAAUGAGGCUUAUUCUCUGUUUGCUUCUUAGGGUCAGUUAUUUUCUAAGGGGACUUCUAAAAGGUUCCAAAUUCAUGUUCAUUAUUAAUGGUCCUGGAAAGCAAGUUACUCAGUAAGGUACUUUAUGUUCACUAGGCAUAUGGAUUACCUUCAGGAUUUAUUUGGGUUUGGGAGUCCCUUGAAAAUGAGUUCUGAGUGAAUUGUCAAGGUCUUUCAAGACCUGAGGUAUGCCCUGUAUUUGUUCAGUAUCUGACUGUGGAACCCUGAGUCCCAACCCAAAGUCAUGAUUCAAGGCUCAAUAGAUUUGUCCAAUGUUGGUCAUCAGCAUCGGAAGUCAGGUGACUCAUUAUUUUUCUUUUGGCUACUUGAUGUAAUAUGUUAUGGAAUUGAGGCAUCACUGAUCCUACUUAAAGCUGCUGUUUUUUUUUUUUUUACACUUGCUGCCCAGUGUUCGGUUCUGAGCUCAUAGGGAGAUGGGUGUUACCAAGAGGAGUGUUAGAAUGGAGAUAAAGUUAUGUACUUUUAGGGAGUUGCUUCGUAGAAAAGUUGAUAACUAGCUUCGGACCUGGGGAUCAUGUCUCCAGUAGUAAUUUCAUCAUUUCUCUGUUCACGUGUGAGCUGGAAAGCCCAAUAAAAUAGUCUGUCAUUUCCAAGAUAAUUGUUUCUUUUAAUUCCUGUUUCUGUUAUGGUGUAUCUUCAUGCUGUUUUCAUAAUAAAUGCUGCUCAUUGAAAAGAA